AUGGAGACUGAAGAUGGCUACAUGAAGCUGAAUUUCAAGGCUCACUUCAAAUCCCGGCAGAGAUCUAAAGAUUUUGCCCUGCAUGUACAUUAUUAUGGCAUUUUGGUAGUAUUUGGAUGCAUCGGGAUCCUUAUUUACCUGAUGACAGUGAUUGGCCUGAACUUUUCAAAUAAAAAAAUGGGUUUCUCACAGAAUGUAAACAUCAGCAGCCUAGCAGGAAAUAAUUAUAUAUGCCCAAAUGACUGGCUGCUGAAUGAAGGGAAGUGUUACAAGUUUUCAAAUUUUUCUAAAACUUGGAAUGAGAGUCAGCGUGAUUGUUCAAAGCUCCAGGCACAUUUGCCCGUGAUUCACAAUUUGAAAGAGCUGGAAUUCAUACAGAAGAGUUUAAAACCUGGAUUUCCUAGUUGGAUUGGAUUAUACAUUAUAUCCCCAGGAAAGCAAUGGAUGUGGAUAAAUGAACACCCACUUGUGGAACUAAAAAAGUAAGUAGUGAUUUGAAGCAAAGGGAUGGUGUAAUGAUGCUGUUUUCCUUGAGUUUCAAGAUUUUUCUUUCUUCCUUCUUACCUGCCUUUUUUAAAAAUUAUUUUUCUCUCCUUUCUUCUUUCUGUCUCCCCCUUUUUUGGGGGGAGAGGGAGAGGUAGGAAUUAAAUAAUGUUGAGAAAUAUGGUAGAGUUAGAAAUGCUUCUUGAAUUGGUAUAUGAAAGUGUAAAUUUAAAAUUCUGCCCUUAGAAAAUUCUUCCAAACUUGUUAAUAUCAAUUUGUUCAUCUAUAUGAAAAGAGGAACAAAGCUUUCCUCACAAUGUUCUUGUGUGAACAACAUAAGGUAACACAUGGAAGAGUGCUUUAACAUUCUUAAGUGUCAUAUACAUUCACCGGUUCUCCUCUGCGCACUCAUUUUCUUUGCACAUUACACUAUUAGAGCACCUGAGAGCUGGCAAGUUGCAGCAAAGCCAUGGAGUCAGAGUUAUUUCAGUCUGGAUAUUUAUAUAUACUUCUAUUCUCCAUCGUCUUUCAUGAAUAUAAAACUAAGGCAUCCAGUACUAUUCACUUUUUUUGGACUUAUUUUGAUUGUAAUCUUUGAAAAUAUUAGUAAAAGAUAUGUAGGCUCAUUUUACUUGAAAACUGACAUAUUGUUAGGGUAACACAUCUUCUUUUAAAGCUUUAAUUUAAUUAUUUAACAAAAAUGAUGUGCAGAUGGUUAUAAUGGUGUUUGGUUUUUAUAUUUUAAACAAGAAUCAGUAACUAAAAACAUAGUUAAGAAAAUAGCUUUCUCCAAAAAUAUUCUAACUGCACAUUUUCCUAGU